CACUUGUGGGUGGUGGUGGUGGUGGUAAGGGGAGAAUAGUAAAGAACAGUUAAUUAAGUGGAAUUCAGAAGACUUAUUGACUACAAAAGUUACGCUUUUCAAGGCAACCAUUGGGGAAGCAUCAGUAUUUGCAGUUACAGCUAGAAUUGAAUUCAUGUGUUUAUGGUUCAGGACUUGGUGACUGAAAGGCAAAUGGUGGGUUGGUUGUGCUUGUUGCCAUUCCUGUGAAGUUGUGCAUCUGCUCUUCUUAAUGGUCUCUAAAACACACCUAGUGGGCAGUGAACUUAAAAUUGAGUUUUCUACCACUGUUACAAAAGCUCCUUUGAUGACAGGUGUGAAGAGAACCUCUGAGGAUCAAAGCAUUAAAAAAUAAAGGGGGGGGGGGCAAGUGCUUUUUGCAGAAAAUAACAGAUUCUUGCCCUCUGCUGUGAAACUCAAAAUCUUUAACUCACCAUGGGACCAAAAUAAAAUAUUUUUAGGUAGUGUCAUCUGAGUUUAUGGAAAGGCUUCCUUUGUCAGUUGUUUUGCAUCAUUAAAUGUAAUUAUUUUUCUGUGGACUUCAGUAUGUUUCUUUGUGAUUUGUUUACUAUUCUUCAAAAGAAUUAAAAUGUGAUUAAGAGAGAAUGUAAUUGUUUAGGGAUAGAAGGACAAUUCACAUCUAAACUCUACCCUACAGGGAUCAUUAAAAAAUACAAAACUAAACAAAGAACACAUAAUUUGGAAAGCCAUAGCUUGCUGUGCUCAGAAACAAUGAAAAUAACAAGAAAAAAAGGAGAGAUAAAAGCAGAAAUGAGGUGUAAAUGGUCAGCCUGCUUAAAACUGAAGCUACAGACAAGGUUUUUUUUACUUACAAUGUUAAAAGGUUUUUCUUACCCCAGUUAAUUUUUAUUUCCUAUGUACAUUAUUUGAUGCUAUUUCAGUUAAUUAAUUUGGACAUGUUCUCACUUCUUGUUCUUUCAGCUUCUGGAUGGAUAAACUUUAUUUUUAAUGCUAACAUCUAGAAAGUAGGAGGCCCAAAUCUUUUGUUCUCUCAACAGUAGUACAGAGGCUAAAAAAAUUGUCCUUUAAAAUACCAGCUACUUUUAAAGCUUGUUUUUAGAGGAGUCAUAAGGCUUUUAAAGUAACUAGCUGAACUGGAGGGACUGUUGAUCCCAUCUAAUUUGUCUACAGUGCAGGUACCAGAGCAAAUUUGAGCAGGGCUUAGCAAGUUUGAGAGCCAUGACAACUGGAGAAGGGCAUGAGGGAUCAGUCCUCUAGUUGGGGAGGUAGAAUCUCCUCAGCUCCCCAGCUUUGUUUAGUUUCUGUAUUUGCAAAUUAUGUUUUGUCAGUAGGUUUUCUGCUGUUGAUCCCUUAGCAUGCUUAUGAUCUGCUUGCUGCUUGCUCUGAGCAUUGAGAAAGCCAGCUGGGAAAGAGACUGUCCUCAGCUUGCUUCAUCUGGUAAUUAUUAGAGCAGGAGAACCUGUUGGACAAGGUGUUUAAGUUAACCUAACCCACGCAUCAUGGAAGGAAAGUAGGGGGAUGGAUAAGUGGAUGAGGUAGGUGGAGGGCUCUGUAACCGUGAGGUGAGCGGUGGUGACAAGCAACUGGCAACAGAGGAAUCCUGUAUGUGAGUCCUCCCUACUACAACUUUCUUGUGUCUGAAGGCAGGGUCUAGUGACUCUUCACUGUGAGACCAAGCUGGCCUCCUUUUGUUUUUGAAUCUUUGAAUCUCUUCUCUUUGUCCUACACCAUAAUUUAUUUUCUUUUUUUAUUGUCUAUAAUAACCCACCAGCCCACUGCCCGUGGUUACUAUCAGUUGUUGUUAUUUUCACUCAUUUUCAACCUACUUUUUUUUUUUCCUACAAAUGGGCUAUGUUCAUGCUUUGUUUCUCCGCCCCUCUGCCUUUUUAUCUGUUUUCAUGCUAUAGGGUCAGUUGUGUCAGCCCUCAGUACUGGGCCACCACUUGCUUUCCAUUGAUUGGCCGCUACAGGAACCUGGUGAAGCAUCUGCCAGUCAUGGUCACUGCUCUCUAGUACAGAAAUGGCCCUUGCUUUAUGGAAGAACUUUCUUCAGAUUACAAUGAAAAGGAUACUGCAACAAAGGAGGUUGUCACUGUAUAAUGGUGCUCAUGGCUAUGAGGAAGAAGUCAUAAAGAAGAAACUUCAGCAGUUUUCUGGUGGAUCCAUCAACCUUUCCAAAGAAGACAAUGGCAUGGCAAUACUUACUUUGAAUAACCCAAAGCUAAUGAAUGCCUUUUCAGGUACUAUGAUGGUAGAACUCCAGGAGAGGGUAACUGAACUGGAAAACUGGAAGGAUGGCAAAGGUCUUAUAAUCCAUGGUGCUGGAAACACUUUUUGCUCAGGAUCUGAUUUGAAUGUUGUCAAAGAAAUAUCCAAUUCCCAGGAUGGGAUGAAUAUGUGUAUGUUUAUGCAAAACACCUUAACCAGACUUAUGAGGUUGCCUUUGAUCAGUGUUGCACUAGUUCAAGGAAAAGCUUUUGGAGGAGGAGCAGAACUUACUACAGCAUGUGAUUUCAGGUUGAUGACGCCUGGCAGUGAAAUUCGGUUUGUCCACAAGCACAUGGGCCUGGUGCCAGGCUGGGGAGGAGGUGCCCGGCUGGUGCGGAUCGUGGGCAGCGGGGCCGCCCUGCAGCUGCUGGGCGCGGCUGCCCGGGUGGAGCCCGAGAGGGCGCGGAGCCUGGGGCUCUCCGAGGCGACGCUGCUGUCCUCCGAGGAAACCAGAGCGCUGGCAGAGGCCCGGGCCUGGCUCAGUCAGUACACGGAGGGUCCGGCCGCUGUCAUUCGGGCUGUGAAAAAGGUGGUGGCAGCAGGAAGAGAGCUCCCACUGGAAGCUGCCCUAAGGACAGAAAAGGACAUUUUUGGAACUGUAUGGGGUGGGCCUGCCAAUUUGCAGGCAUUGGUUAGAAGACCAAAACAUAAAUGAUGGUUUAUGCAUAAGAAAUGGGCUUGACCUUUUUGCAAACAAAGCUUUCAGUAAAGCAGCCGUUAAGCUGAAUCAUUUAAGGUCUUGUCCGUUUAAAAUGGCAUUAACAUUCCUGCCAUUUAGGUCAGGCACGCAUGUUUGGUGUGCAACUAUAGAGAAAUCCCGGGCAGAUUCUCUAUUGUCCUAAUCACCCACUGAAUCGAGAUUAGUGAAAUUACUAUGUAAAGGUAAAUACUAUGCUGAAAAUAGAACUACAAUUCAUUUGGAAUGAGGCUGAAGAUUAUUUUAUUUGGUGUUUUGGUUUUUUUUUAACUAGUAUGGAAAUUAAUUACUUGAAAGAUACGAGGUUUAUUCAUUUGUGGAACAGGUGCAUCUAAAGCUGCAAAAUAUGAGUUCCCCAACAUGAGACCAGUGGCCAGUUGGGGAACUCAUAUUUUAUCAAAUAUGCUCUUUAAGCAGCUUGGAAAAGAUGAUUACUAGUUGGAGGAUAGCUUUCAUUUUUUCAUUGUAGUUAGUUCUUUGUGCAAUUGCUGAGAAAAUAUCCUUUAAUUUUAAUGGUGCUUUUACAGGAGAAGCUUUGAGUUACUCAGAAGCUUUUAGCACUCAUUCACUAUCACUGAUUCAGGCUUUUAAGUGUAUUUUGGUGUCUUCUCACUGCUCAAGGAAUCAACUACCCACACAUGCACCUGCACAUUCCCGUAUCCUGUACCUGUCCAAAGCUGCUGGUCUGAUUCUUUACACAGAAUCUAGUUGAAAUCUUGGAAGGCUACAAUGCAUCGUGCCCAGAAAAGGUUUGUCCUUAGGUGACUGGGUGAUGUGAGUACUUCAGCAUUCUGGUAAGAUGUGAGUGGACAUGUCUAUGUCUUUCUUCAAUGCCUUUUUACUGGUGGGGUGUAUUUGGGCUGACUAGAAGGUUUGGAACUCAGUUUCCACUUCAUGCCAGUGACUAUGCAAGGAAUUGGAUAACUCAGUGAGGAAAAUUUUCCCUUUAGAAAUUAGAAACUGACAGAGAGUUCCUGCUUUAAAAAUAAACAUCUGUGAGAGCAAAACCAUACAGACAUGUCUGUGACUGAGAGAGCUUCCUGUACUGUUGGUUAAGAUGCACUUGUCUCAAAAUCCAGCAGGGACUGAGAUCUGAGCCAAGGACCUAAGUACUCUGUGGGAGCAUGUAAAGAAGGGAGCUCUGGGCCCUGUGCACUGAUGUGCAUUCUUGUUCUGACUAGGUGUAACUGGCUUGAGAUCAUGGAACAAGCUCCCUUAAGAAAAGAAGGCAGUACCUUGGAUGGAAAUCCAUGUUACGAUUUCUAGUGUGGCAGGAGUCCUGAGUUUUAGACAGGAGGUAACUACAUAUGUUUGAGGACUUGGGGACAAGUCAAUGUUGGAAAUUAGGCUUGGAUUGCCUGUUAAGAUUCUGCAAGUUUUGAGCAGAUUCUGUGAUCUCCUGGGGAUAUUUUACUGUGUGGUUUUCACAGCAAUGAAUAUAGCCUGAAACAACCAAGAGAAAUGCUGAGGAAAGGGAUGUGAUUUGAGUUGGCAUCUCAGAGAAGAUAAGGAACCUACCUCCACCCUGUUGAUCCCACACCUUUGCCUUAAUAUCUGAAGCACUAAUGGAGGAAGAUUUCAAAUUUAUCUUCCCCAAAAAUAAAGCUCAAUUUUUUCUUUCAGGUUAGAGAAGAGGCAGGAAUGAGAACAUGGGGAAGAGAGUAGUGUUUUGGUUUGUACCUUUCUCCCCCUGGCUCCUUUUUAUCCAGUAGCACAGUGGUUACUCCUAUGUAGUUGUAUUCUUUCCCAUUCCCUAAAGAACUUCAAAACUGUUACUUCAGAAGAGCUUUAGUAUAAUCAGGCAGUACUUGACUGUUUAAUAGUGAAGCUGUUCUGCUUUUCAUGAAGUCUCUCAAGACUCAUGAGGGAUUCCAGACUGCAGCAUCACUGAACCUUCAAGGCACACUCCAGUCCAUACUCAUCCAGCUUUUAGAAGCAAUAGCACUUUUUUUUUUUUUUUUUGUGAGUCAAAAAAAUUGUUUUAAAGGGCAACUGAUUAUGUCUUUGCUUUUAGCAAGAAUGAAUGUGGAAUGUGUCAUUACUAAUACUGUUACUGUUUUCAAAAUUGGUGAGAAAAUUACUUAGAACCUGAGUAAGACCCUUGGUUUGUUUUUUUUUUUUUCCUUUGGUGUAUUAGGCUUCUAAGUAUAUUCUGUGUACUGGGUUAUAGAAAUUUGAGAGGGAAGAAAUUGUAGGACAAAGGGAGAAUCUGGUUUCUUUCACAUUUUGAACCAGAUCUGUGCUGGCAGUUAGUGAAUGGUAAGUACACCUCUGGGGGAUCUCUUUCUAUUUUGAUUUAUAGACAAUGAGCUUAAUUCUCAUUUCAGCCAAUGUAUUUUCCCAGCCACCCUCUCUGAUUUGUAUCAAAGGCCAAUGUUUGCUUCUAAGAAAACAGGACAAAUAAUUAACUAUUACACACCAAGACACAUUCAGAACAGCUUCAGAGAGGGUUAUAGAAACACAUUUUGCUGGCAUCAUAAAUAUGACAAGCAUAGGUACAGGACAUUCUAAGGAUCAUUACAGGUUGUGAUCAAGGAUUUUUGAGUAGUCUAAUGCCAUAUUCUCUGGCUUAUUUUCUUCUAAAAGUAAGUAGAGUCCUUCAUACAAAAACCAGCUCAGCUAAAUUACCAUAAGUGCUAGGAUGAAAGUUCCAGACUGAGAUGAAAUGGAAUCCCAUUUUACCCAUUUGAAAGCUAAAUGCUUUAUUUCACAGAAUACUUUCUUAUCAUCUUAAAGUCACAAAUAUCUUUAACCAGCAGUUGAUGAAUGUUUGUAUUUUCUUUACAAUUAUUAAAGAUGUCAAGCUUCAUCUCAGGGUUUUUUUCCCCUUCUGAAAUGGCUUAAAAACUAACAAGCACUAAAUGCACAAAAUAAAUUAGAAGCAUCAAAUUUGAUAGUCCCAGACUCUAAUUGAAAAGCAUGCCAGCUUUUGUAUUUCCUAGGGCCUAGUUUUCCAGCUUCCUCCUCAACAAACUAAGUUUCCUAUUGCAUUGUGAAAUGUGUGUGUGGAUUCUGUACCAAGCUUGUAAAGGUGCUGGACACUGGAGAUCACUUUUAGCAAUACAGAUAUUCCUGUCUUAUUUGCUGCUGAUAGAAAUAUAUUUACCAGAUGAUCAGUCUAGAUAAGCAAAGUGUUCUUGCAGAAUGUUCGUUAUCUAUAAUUUUUUUUGAGCCAUGAAAUAGGAUUCCUGUAUCUGUGGUUAUCUAUUCUGGAAAUAAUGAAAUGCUGUAGAUUUGAUAGUGUUUAAAUUUUCUUUUUUAUUUUC